AGACCUCGAAAACACGCCAGCUUGAGAUCCCCCCUUCGCCCACUGACGACCACCAAUUCCUCUAGCGACGGACAUCGACACGUUUAAUUUUGCAUUACAAAUCAUAUACCCUAUAAUCCUCGCUAUGCCUACCCCCGAGUCCGAGCUCUUCAAGAGCCAAAAGCCCAAGGUCGCUCCCACCUUCAACGGCGUCGAUUUCGACGACACCAAGGCCUUCAAGGCCGCCGAGGAUGCCGUCAUCCGUGAGCAAUGGGUCGGUGCUAUGAUGACAAGGCUUGUUGGAGAAGAAUUGGGCAAGUGCUACGUACGAGAGGGCGUCAACCACCUGGAGAACUGCGGCGAGCUCAGAGAGAAAUACCUCACAAUGCUUACCCAGAACAAGAUCAAGGGCACCAAGUUCAUCCAGCAAAACUACAUCGAGCAGAAGGAUGCCGAUAUGGACCUCGCAGCCAAGGUUCACCCUAGCGACAAGAUUGCCAAGAUCAACCAGGGCAGAUUUGCAGCAUAAUCGAAUAAAAAGCAAUAGAAGAGUUGGUGGAAUGCGUUGGGAAGGUCAUAGAGGAUUUACUUGUCUUAUUAUUUUUUGUCAACGGCAGGAUCGCAUUGUGUUGAAGCCGAAUGCAGCUAUAGCAUGGGAUAGCGCCUCACCCGCCCCUUAGGGGAGUGUAUAUCACUGAUAAAUGAUUAAAAAACCCUUUGUCAAAUGUC